AUGACUGGUGAGUUCCUUGCUGAAUUAACCACCCAAAGCGUGACGAAAGCAGGCAUUGUCUACGUGUCAUCAAGCUCCGAUUUGGAUGUCCUCGGAAUUGAAACAAUCGACCUUUUCGAUCUGUGGUCAAUUCCAUUCAGCUCGCUGGUUAAUGCUAUCCAUCAUAAACCGGAAGACACUGAGCAAAAGCUGCGUACGAAGUUUCCUGAAGUGUUCCAGAACAAGGGAAUAAUCUCACCAGUGAAGUUAUCCGACUGGGCAACCUCGAUAGUCGUAGUCCGGAAGUCAGACAACGUUUCCGUCCGUAUCUGCGGCGACUAUUCUACAGGCUUGAACAACGCACUAGAAUCAGAUGCCCAUCCGCUUCCGCAUCCAGAUGAUGUUUUUGCUGAUCUGGCUGGCUGCCGGUAUUUCUCCCAACUCGAUCUAUCUGAUGCGUACCUGCAAGUCGAGGUUGAGGAGGAAUCUCAGAAGUAUGUAACGAUCAAUACUCAUCGUGGACUGUUAAAAUACAACCGUCUGCCGCCUGGAAUCAAGUCCGCUCCUGGUGCGUUCCAAAGGAUUAUCGAUAGCAUGGUCGCUGAGAUUCCUGGAGUGAAACCGUAUCUGGAUGACAUCAUGAUUGCCGGUAGGACAAAGGAAGAACACGAUCGCAGCCUCCAUGAAGUUCUGGAACGGAUCAAGACGUACGGUUUUCAUCUGAGGAUCGAAAAAUGUCGAUUUGGCCUAUCGCAAAUCAAGUUUCUAGGUCAUAUAAUCGACAAAGGCGGCUUACGACCUGAUCCAGCGAAGACUACCGCAAUUUCGCAGAUGCCAGCUCCAAUGAACGUAUCACAGCUUCGAUCGUAUCUUGGAGCUAUCAAUUAUUAUGGGCGUUUCGUCAAGCAGAUGAAGGAGCUGAGAGCACCCAUGGACUACUUGCUGAAACAAAACGUCAAUUGGGAAUGGACUGCAAGCUGCCAGAAGUCAUUCGACAAGUUCAAAACGCUGCACACUUCCGACUUGUUGCUGACGCACUUUGACCCGAACAAGGAAAUCAUCUUAGCAGGGAAAAAUUACGGCCAGAUCGAGAAAGAAGCUUUGGCGCUGAUUUUUGCUGUGACACGAUUUCAUAAGAUGUUGUUCGGCCGGAAAUUUACCUUGCAGACUGAUCACCAACCACUUCUCAAGGUGUUCGGAAGCAAAAAUGGAAUUCCGGUAUACACGGCCAACCGACUUCAACGCUGGGCGCUUACGCUGAUGCUGUACAAUUUGAUGCUGUACAUCCAGUUCGUGCGCACUGAAGAAUUUGGACAAGACUGA